UGCUCUUCCCCACCUCUCUCUCUCUCUGUCAUCAGCGCCACCACGUUUACCUCCUCGAACCCGCUUCAUGGCCCUCACCACCACGUUACCUAAUAAUCUUUCCCUUUAGCAACCGCUUCGAUCAUUAGACUCUUUUUGUUUCGCCCACCUUCUCCUUCGCCUCGCUUCUCCGCUUUGUCACGAGCAGUGCCCGAAGCCUGAAGAAAAAGCAGCAGAACCGGCAGAUAAAGUUAGGGUUCGUCAGAUUCCCGUGCAUUAUUUUACCAUUUUACCUUUUUAUAUAGCUCGUCGCAGGUGGAAUAUAGGAUUUGCUUGUCGGUUUCACCCCGAAGCCCCUCCCGAAUCAUCGAUCCUUUUCCUUUUUGUUCUCCUUCCCGGCAGAGAGGCGCCGGCCGGGUUGGAGGAAAUGGCUAGGGUUCGUGCGCCAUGAGCUGGCAGUCGCAAAAGAGACGUUUGUGCUCGGCUUGAUGGAGGCAAAAUCGUUUCUUUGUGGUUUCCCUUUCUCUCUGCUGGAGAAAUGAUUGCUGGAUGGAAGAGAUGACGAUUUUGUAGUCAAGCGGAGAGAUCUGCUGCAAUCUUCUUAAAAGGCUGGUCUUUGUAAUCGUUAUGACGAUUGGUGAUGGGAUCUGAGAGAUUUCUUCUGAAGAGGACUAGAAGGAAAUGUUGCUCUGCAACACCUCUUAGCAAUCCGAUUCUGAUGGCAGAGGUUGCAUUAUGCGUUUUGGUGGGUGUCUUCGGGUGAUGUGGUUUUGGCUAAGUUCUUACUCUUAUGGCUUCAAUGGGCGGCAUAGGCUUGUUCAGGCAAGGGUGGAAAUGGGUACAAUCCCGAAAGCAGGCCUUUGUGUUCGUCCGAGUUGCUGCGAGUUGGGCCGGAGAGAAACUCGUGCUUCUGGUCGACCGCCACUGGCCGUUGGUUUACAGCUGGUGCACAGUUGCUGGAAGGUUCCUUUUUAGGUUGAUAUUGCAGUGGAGGGACUGUUUUGUGGGAGGUUUGAGGUCCCUGUUUACCUUGGGUUCAGCAGCUCUAUUCCUCGUAUUGUGGAGUUGCUUCCUUUGCUUGACUUCGACGACUUCCCUCGUCUACAUGCUUCUAAGUCUGGUAGCUGCUGCUGCAGUCAUUCACUAUUUGGGAUUCACACCUGGACUUCUUAUUGUUGGGCUUUAUGGCAUUCUUAUUAUGUGGAUAUAUGGUUACUUUUGGAUUACAGCAAUGCUAUUUAUAGGUGGAGGUUAUAUGUUCUCCCUUAAUCAUGCACGGUUUUUGAUAUUAAUGGCGACUGCUUAUGCUGUUUAUUAUAUCAAUGCCCGUGUAGGAUUGCAUGGGGUUUUUCUGUCUUUAAGUCUUUCGUUCAUUUCCAAUGAUAUAUUGAAUAAGUUGCUACAAGGAUACGAUGGUACUGAUGAAGGCAUACAUGAAGAACAAAAGGAACCAGAACCGUUUAUGGAAGAUUUUUCUGUUGACAGUGAAGACUCUCCUCCUAAAGAAGCUGAAGAAGUGACAUCUUAUAUGUCGCCUUGCACAACAUCCAAGGCAUCACAUCUUCCAAGUACUCACAAGGAUGCUUCGUCUAGCAAGGUUGUCAUGGUGGAAUCGACUUCAUUGGUUGAGAUGAAAAGGAUAAUGAACAGCACAAACCAUUAUGAAGUCUUGGGCUUUCUUAAAAGUAAGACUGUUGACCCUAAGAUAAUGAAGAAGGAAUACCAUAAAAAGGUCUUGCUUGUUCAUCCUGACAAAAAUUUGGGAAGUCCAUUAGCUUGUGAAUCAUUUAAGAAGCUUCAAUGCGCAUAUGAGGUUCUUUCAGAUUUGACAAAGAAGAAAAACUAUGAUGAACAGUUGAGAAGGGAAGAAUCUGGGAGAGUGUGUCAGAGGUCUUCUGUUACCUCUCAGCAGGGAGGAGUAGAGUACCGUUCUGAAGAAUCUAGGCGUAUUGAAUGCACAAAGUGCGGAAAUUCUCAUAUAUGGAUAUGCACUAACAGAAGUAAAGGGAGGGCACGGUGGUGUCAGUCUUGUUCCCAGUAUCAUCAAGCCAAGGAUGGAGACGGGUGGGUAGAAAGUGGGUGUUCACCAGUUGUAACAACACCUCGGAAGGUUGAAAUUCCACAAGCUUUUGUGUGCGCAGAGAGCAAAAUCUUUGAUGUGUCUGAAUGGGCAAUUUGUCAGGGAAUGGCAUGCAAGCCUAACACUCAUGGGCCAAGCUUUCAUGUGAACAUGGUUGGUCUGGAUGGGACAGGGCUGCGAUCUAAUCCCUCCAGAUAUCCUUGGGGACUGGACGCUGAGAUGAUUGUUGAGGAUGAUGAGUUUGAGUUGUGGCUUCAGCAGGCUUUGGCAUCUGGCAUUUUCUCUGAGAGUCCAAAGCGUAGAAAAAGCUGGCCAUUUAAGAUUAACCAUAAAAGCAUGAAACCAUGGCGGAAAUCGCCAUAAAUGAAGAUAAUUUGGUCACAAGAGGUGGUUAUUUGAUUGGAAAAGAACGACUUGUUCUCUCAAUGCUGCAAAAGAAGAACGAGGCUAGAAAAAAACAUGCCCGCCAAUUGAUUGCAUUCUGGGCAUGCUUGCUUCUUUUAGGAAUCAGAGGAAAAGAAACAAGAAUUGCAUUAGAUAGAUACCUGUUUGAACCUAGCAGAGCAAUCCAUGGUCAUCUGAGUUGGGGAGAAGACCUGAAUUGUGCUGUAGGCUUCACUCUCUCACUUAGUCUCGGCUUAGGCUUCACAUUGGUUGGUCUUCAGCCUACUCUUUUGUUCAGCAGUUGAAAGCCUGCAAAAAGUGGAGAAUGGGAGUAGAACAUCAAUCAAAAGAGCUUAUGAGAGAAUUUUCUCCAUGCCUAUGGUAAAAAUAAAGAGAAAAGGCCAUGGUGGAAUAAUCUGUAAAUAGAUUAGAAGCAUGUGUUAGGUUAGUGGUGUCUUGUCAUACUUUGUACACUAAACAUAUCCCCAAAGUACAAAGUCACUCCAGUCUCCAGGGUCAGACAAACUUGUAAGGAACACUGGUGAUUGGUGCCUUAAUCAUUCUCUCAUUGUCUUUACCUAAAUAUUAUGGCAGAUAUACUCUAUUGCAACUAAAUUCUAUGGCUA